AUGAACACCCACUCCUCCUACUCACCAACGCGCCUCGGUGUCUGUGGCUGCUACAUUUACGAUGCAAGAGCUUGCCAGCGUACCUACCUGCCGCAAGUCAAGCUUGAGUCUCAUACUACCAUACUUUCGACUGCUUCUCGGACAGUCAUGCGCCAGAAAUUUGUGAAUCAGUCAGACCAUACACUCAAAGAAAUCAGAUACGCAUUUCCGCUAUUUGACGGUAUCAGUGUCGUCGACUUCGUCUGCCACAUCGGUCAACGUACGAUUUAUGGUCUAGUCAAAGAGAGGCGCGAAGCCAAAAAGACCUACGACGUGGCUAAGACGCGUGGCGAGACUGCAGCGCUACUCGAGCAAGAUCCCGACGCAGCAGACGUCUUCAAAACCACCAUCAGUAACAUCCCAAACGGCUCAUCCAUAUUCAUCACCAUCAAAUACAUCCAGGAGCUGAACCACGAUGCCGAAGUCGACGGUAUACGACUUACCAUCCCCUCGUCCAUCUUUCCACGCUACGGCUAUUGUCCCGGAAAUCUACAGAAAAGAUUCGGAAUGGUUGCUAUACAGGGUAUCUCCAUUACAGUAGACGUUUGUAUGCCAGAGGGUAUACCUAUCAGGAAGAUCAUCUCACAGUCUCACCCCAUCGAAGUGACGCUCGGGUCUUUAUCAACGAGUACUAUCGACGAGGACGUAUCAAUCUCCAGAGGUUCAGCGGUUCUUGCACUACAGAGGAUAGAAUUUCGACACGAUUUCAUAUUGCGGGUGGUUGCAAAGGACAUUGGCAUCCCUCAAGCGAUCCUGAAAACACACCCAACACUCCCCAACCAGCGCGCCUUGAUGACGACGCUUGUGCCCAAGUUCAACCUCAAGACUGAGAAGCCAGAGAUCAUAUUCAUUGUAGAUCGUUCGGGCAGCAUGUCCCACCAGAUUCCUACGCUUGUGUCCGCACUCAAGGUUUUUCUCAAGUCAAUCCCUGUCGGCUGCAUGUUCAAUAUCUGUUCAUUUGGAAGCUCGCACUCGUGUCUUUGGAGCGAGAGUAAGGGGUAUAAUCAGGAGACGUUGGAAGAGGCCAUCAAUUGCGUUGACGCAUUUCAAGCUGACAUGGGAGGCACCGAAACAUUGGCUGCUGUUCAAUCCUGUUUCAAGAUGCGCAACAAGCACUGUUCGACCGAGAUGGUUCUGCUCACCGAUGGCAAUAUAUGGGCGCAACAGCAGUUGUUCAAUUACAUCAUCGAGGAAACAAAGAGUAGAGAUGUGCGUGUCUUCCCUAUCGGCAUUGGAGGACAAGUCUCCAGCGCCUUGAUCGAAGGCGUAGCAAGGGCCGGUGGAGGCUUUGCUGAGAUGGUCGCUGAGAACGAGAAGCUUGACAGAAAGAUCAUUCGUAUACUCAAGGGUUCGCUCACCCCUCACAUCAAGGACUACCGCCUGGAACUUAACAUCGACGAUACAGACAAGGAAAACAAGGCCUCCAACGAACAGCCAAACGCAGAGCCCAUAUCGCUCUACGACACUGCUUUCCAAGAAGAGCAUACCAAAGUCGGAGAACCAACAGAUAUCUUCGCCGGUCUACCAAACCUCAAGCGUCCAGCCCUCCUACAAACACCUCACGAGAUACCACAGCGAUUCCCGUUCCACCGAACCUGCGUCUACCUGCUCCUAGCUUCAGAGUCCUCGCAUCUCAAACCGAAAAGCGUAGUUCUAAAAGGCACAUCCCCUCAAGGCCCCCUGACGCUCGAAAUCCCCAUUGAGAUUCGCGAAGAGGCAGAUGAGAUGAUCCAUCAACUAGCAGCGCGCAAGGCCACACAAGAACUCGAAGAGGACCACGGUUGGAUCUCAAAGGCUACCGUCGACAAUGACAACGUCUCAGUGAAGGACAAAUACAGAGACCAGUUCGCGUUGCUGCAAAGACGAGAAGCCGUUCGUCUAGGAGUGGAGUUCCAAGUCGGCGGCAAAUACUGUUCGUUCGUUGCGGUGGAAGCUAAUGAGGCUGAGAUUGUGGAGAAGCGCAAACAAGCACGAGAAGCGACGGUGAGCAGAGAUUUAGAAGAGCUUGGAGAAGACUGGGAUGUGGUCGAAUCGUCGUCAUUUUCUCCAGUGAGUAGGCAUUUUGUUAGCCAACGGGAAUCUUUGAGACUCGCUACACCGUCGAGCUAUUUCGGUGAGGCCAAAUUCUGCUCUGCAGGCUCUGCAGAUCCUCCUGCCGCACAAAGCUGGCCGCAUCCCAGGGUUUCAGGGAUCACUAGAGUUCGUAGGGGCAGUCGCGGUAGGAGUAGUGGUGGACGAGGCGGUGGACGAGGCGGAGGCUUUGCAAACACUCCAAGCGCAGGUAUCCGCAGUACCGACCAAAACACCCCCGGGAGCCUCUAUAGCUCCACCACCGGAUGGAUCCCUCCCCCUUCCUCUUCAUCCGGAUUCCACAUUCAAUCCAACCCUCCCUCCUCUCCCACUCCAUGCCCAUCCCCACCUCUCCUCCACCGUUUAAUCGCCCAUCAACUCCACAACGGCUCCUUCCCCGCCACCGCACCCCUACCCUACCUCGAAAUGAGCAUCUCCCCCUCCGUCGUACGAAACAGCCUCCGCCUGCUCACUACAGCGCCCACCGCAGCGGCGUACGCAGAAGUCCUGGAGCAGUUACUCACAACAGCUAUUCUUGUUGUGUAUCUAGAGAACAAGAUGCAAGAGGAAGUGGAGACUUGGGAGUUGGUUGUUGGGAAGGCGAGGGCGUGGGUGCAGGAGGUUGUUGAGGGGACGUUUUUGGAGGAGUUGUGGAAGGUUGCUGGGGAGGUUGUUCGGGCGUGGAAGGGAUGA